AACACAACAAUGUCGGUAAACUACUGCUGUUAAUUAAAUGACACGGUGACUGUAGAACUCGCGAACGCCUUGACUUCCUUACCUCAGGUAUAUUAGCAUAUUUAUCUAAAAAAACACAAUUUUUAAAUACUUAUCAAUAAAUGCAUUUCCGUACAAAUACAUACGUCAAAAUAGUAAAAGCUGAUAACAUUAUAUUUAAUGGACUUGACUGAUACUAUGCUGCUACGUAAGGAAUAACGUGAAUAUAGGUUAGAUUUUAUACAAGUCAGUCAUCUUAACCAAAUAUUAUUACAAAUUUAUAUUACUCAUUAUAAUUUAUAAAAGAAAAUCAUCAAGAAUAACUGUCGACUAUGUUUGAAAUCACGGAUACACAAAAAAUUGGAGUUGGGCUUGCAGGAUUUGGAAUAUCAUUUUUAUUCCUUGGAAUUUUAUUAUUCUUUGAUAAAGGCUUGCUUGCAAUUGGAAAUCUCCUUUUCAUAUCAGGUUUAGCUUGCGUUAUUGGACCACGAAGAACGUUAAGUUUCUUUUUUCAAUGGCAUAAAAUCAAAGCCAGUGCAUCCUUUUUAGGUGGUAUUUUAGUCGUAUUGAUGGGUUGGCCAGUUAUUGGAAUAAUUAUAGAAAUUUAUGGUUUCGUAUUAUUAUUCAGUGGCUUUUUACCAGUAGCAAUAAGCUUUUUGAGAAGAGUUCCUAUACUAGGAACCAUACUGAAUAUGCCAGGUCUUAGUAGAAUUUUAAAUAAAAUAGCUGGUGAUACAAACAGAACAACAGUAUGACCUGCUUACAUUUUCAUAUCAUAUUGGUGUAUA